CCAACUAACGGAGGCAUUUUACACCAAUGAGAGCAUCAAUUUCAACAAUCGGUCCCCCAUAUGGCAGUGUAGCCCCUCCUCCAGACCCUAUCCCGGCAGAGGAAGUCAUUCAUGCUCCAGGACAGUAGAACGUUAUUGUCAGCCCUUUGGCCUAUAGAUUCAAAGCGCAAAAGGUCUCUGUCUACUCUGUUUGAGAAAGAUUCUGCCACCUGAUUUUAGGACUGUCGUGUGGAAGUGUGUGCAUGCAUAUCUGUGGUGUGCAUAUCUACGGUGUGCAUGAGCUUGUCGAGGAGUGCUUGCGUGUCCACCAAACAGGUGAUCCUUGUUUAUGUUCGAACCGACGUUGGACGUUACCUAUCCCCUGUUCUUGGACAAUGAUUGCAGUCCAACAGAAGAUACAUCAUCUAUUGCCUGUUUUCCUUCAUGAGCACGUUUGAAGACAAGCAGUAUUGUUUACUUUGGGCAGCUAAGCCUCAGUCAUCUUCCAAGUGUUCGAUAGCACAGUAUCCUGGAACUGACCUUCCAGUUCUAGUUUCCCAAAGUCAUAUUGCUCUCUCGUUUACUCUGAAUUUCUCCAAAUAAAUAAAAGAACAGCCAUUGGUUUGUGUUUUAAAUGUACGGGAUCCAGGAGCAUCUCAUAAGAGACGUCAGCGGAUUAAAAGAAAGAACUCUGGGAGAGGAGAUGGAUCCGGUCCGGUCCUGGGUGCGUAAUGUCGGUGUUGUCGAUGCUAACGUAGCGGCGCAAAGUGGUGUAGCUCUCUCCAGGGCCCACUUUGAGAAGCAGCCACCCUCUAACCUGCGCAAGUCCAACUUCUUCCACUUCGUCCUGGCACUCUAUGACAGACACGGACAGCCUGUAGAGGUGGAGAGGACUUCCUUCGUGGACUUUGUGGAACAGGACAAGGUGUGUGUGUUUGUUUGUCUCAGUUUGUUGACUGUGUGAGUAUAUUUGUGCAUAUUUCUCCAUGGAUUUCUCUUUAUUACGCAUGUCCUCUGUGUUCGCUAUUAUUGAAAUCAAAUCACAAGUCUCAAGUUACUUUCCAUAAGUUUACAAGAGAGAGUGAAGAAAAGGUGGCAGCUCUUACUACAGAAAUAGAAUGAAGAUUUAUCUGGCUAUUACAGCAAAUGCAGCAAAACUUUAAGCUGACCACAUUUACACAUUUACACAACCCAUAGCAGGACAUUUCUAUGCAACCUGUAGUGUACAGGCGUUUAACUUGACCUUCCACGUCCCCUAUAAAGCUGAGCUUAUUGAACAGCUGACAGCUCCAUGUUACAAGCCUCCCUCCCAAUGAGAUGAGCUGAUGGUGAGCGAUUGAAAAAUGAUACCUAAUGACUAAUUAACAGCCUUACUCAUUAGUGGGACAUCACUACUUGUAAAAAUGCAAAUUACGCUGGCCUCUGUUAAGUUUUACCGUGACCAAAUCAUCAAAGUCUCUUUUCCUCCCACCCCCACAUUCUAAAUACUCCGGAGGGGGGAGAAGUACAUUCCUCAGGUCAGACAUUGGGUCAAAAGAAGGAGAGGGAGAGGUGCAGAGUGGCAGUCAGAUUGAGAGGGAG